GUUGGGUUUUGAACUGAGUGAGAACAAAUUAAAAGUGUCUGAAAGAGAUCAAGAUCCUCCUGUUAAACGCUACUUGGGACCUUCGGAACCAAGACUAAGCAUAUGGGAGCGCAUGGUUAUUGCGGAAGAUGAAAGGGUGGAGGUGCAGAAACGCGAUCUGAAACUAUUAAAUGAUUGGCUGCGAGGAUUAAGAAGUCGACAUGUACGCGUCUAUAAAUAUGCGGAAAGUUCUGAAGCACGUUUGGAAGAACUUAAACGCAGACGCCAGGAAAGAAGAGACAAGUUUUUAUCAGAUUUGGCAAAGGGUCGACGCUACUUGGUUAGUGCUUUUCAUAAAGACAAUGACAGAAUGCUUAGAGAAAGCUACGCAAAAACAUCUAAACAACUUACAAAGAUGAGAACAACAGAAAGGAAAACCCCUCGGGUUUCAUUUUUAGGUCUUUCUAGUAGUAAGAUGAGAAAGCUGAUCUCAGAAGGUAAAAAAAUAGAGAAGGCAACUUGUAACAGAAACUUGCAAAAAGAACAGAAGUUGAGUUCAACUGUCUCAAAGCCUAAGAAAACAGAAAAGAUAAAUACUUUUCCUCACAGGCAGACAAAAAAGGAUACUAAAGAUACCCACAUGGGAGGAGACGAGUUUAAGAAGGAAAAGGAGGCAGAUAGUGUUAAAGAUAUUAAAAGUACACGCAAAAUUCCCGCUUUUCGAACAAAUGAAACGCGGAGUGUUAUAGGAAAAAAACGUCAUGAUGAACAAAUUCGUACAAAUGCCCUAAAGGGUAAGUCGAAGAAAACAGCAAAACAUGAAGAAGUGCUAAAAACAAAAUUUCCAGGAAACCUUGUUCCAGGUAAAGCAGACAUCCAAGGAUCAGUGGGUAUUAAACACGAUUCUAACAUUGUGAAGACAGCUAAAUCAGGUAAACCGUCACCAGAUAAAAAGGAAUUGGUGCACAGACCAGUUGAAAGGAAAUAUCAUUCUAAUGUUGCAAAAGCUGAAUACACAGUUGGGCAAAAGGAAACUAAUUUGGAAGAUAAAAGAGAUGCUGACAGAACUGUUAUAUCAUCAAGCAAAGAAGAAUGUGAAGAAAAGAAACUUAUGGAAAUGGACAAAGUACAGGACGAAACAGGCGAAAAAUGUCUCGCAAGCAAAUUAGAAAAGCAACCAAGUAGCGAAUUGUAUGAAAAUAAGUUCGCAAUUCCUAGCUCAUUUCAGGUGGCAGAAACAAAUCAAAAAGAAUUAAAUGAACUAAGUGAGCCGAUUAUGGAUUAUCCGACUCCACACGAAUCAGAUGAAGAAAGCAUUGAAAAUUUUAACUAUCCAGAACAGACCUUGAUUGAAAACAAUGUAUCAGGAAAAGAUGAGGACAGCCAAACAGCUGAUGAAAUAAGCGAGCAUGAAGUUUCUGAAGAUGUUAGUGAACACGAAUCAGCUGUAGACCUAACAGAAAGCAAAAUAACCGAAGAUAUAAGCGAGCGCAAAGCAGCUGAAGACUUUAGCAAGCACCAAAUAACUCAAAAUACCAUCAACGAUUACGGAGCUGAAAAUAUCAGCGAGCCUGAAGCAGCUGAUAACACAAGCGAAGAAGAUGAAAUGAUUGAAGAUAUAAGCGGAAAUGAAGUAUCUGAAGGCAUAAGCGAAGAUUAUAAAAAUACAGAAGGGAACGUAGUUUUGAGAACUCUUUCAGAACCAGGCAGUACUGAUGAAUCGACUGAUAAAAACCAAGCACCUAAAAGCAUAGCAAGAGAAAAUAAUGUUGAGAUGAAGCAAGUUUUAUUCAAGGAGAACAAAUCAGACGGAAAGGAGGCAUGCAUGGUUGACGAAGUAACUGAUAAUAGUCAUACAACUGAUGAAAGUACAGAAACUGGAGAAAUCAGUAAAGAUGUUAUUGAUGACAGUUAUGACGAAAGGUCUACAAAGGAAAGGAAAAAUUCCAACGGCACGAGAGAUGAUCAAACAACAAAUACUGAAGAAAAUGCUGUGAAUGUGAAAAGUGAAGAUAGUGUAGAUAACGAAAACGUUUCAGCUAGGGAAAAACCUUCUCAAGAAUAUGAGGACAAUGAGCUAUCUGAAGAAAGCAAAAAAAAAUUUUCUGACGCUACGGAAAUAAGAGAUACCAAUGGUACUGAAAAGCCUCUGAUUACUGAAACUACUACUCAACAUAGAAAAGAGCAGAUAGUUGACGCAAUAGAACCAUCACAGAAUUUCAGAAGUGAAAAGAAUAAUGUUGAAGAGGAUUAUGGAAUUGAUAAAAUAUAUUUUGAAAGUGAUAAGGGAGAACAAUUAUUUAACUCAUACGAAACGUCUAAAACUGUAGAACCAGAGUUAGCUGCAAACGAAAUACCAACCGAAAGGCAAGUUCCUAAAGAAGAUGAAAUAAAUUCUGCUGAUUCAAAUGAAAUAAUAGAAUUUAUUAGAAAGGAAGAUUUAAGUACUGUGGAAUUUUCAGCAGCCAGUGAUGAAGCACUAAAUCAAGACAGAGAUGACCAAAGUAUCGGCAGCAAUUGUCCUUAUGAUAGUAAUGAAAACGAAAAUUACAUCGAUAGGCAGGAAAAUGUACCAAUAAAAGGUGACAAUAAAAUUCAACAAUCUGAUGUACUUUCUCAGUUCUCUAGUGAUUACGGAGAUGCUGAAGAAACCUCAGUGACAGAAAGAAUUUCUCCAGAAACCAGUAAUACUGAUUUGCGUGAACUUGAACAAGAAGAAAAUGACUUUGUACAACAGAAUGCAAAAUAUAAAUUCUCUGAAGAUGAUACGCAGGAGUAG